AUGGGAGGUGUUCCUCCCCUUACUGGAAAAUGGCACGGCCCUGCUCGCGUCCUGAAACGUCUGGGACCGGUCUCCUUUGAGAUCCAGGACGUAGCAACUGAAGUACAGAUGAAGGCUCAUCUGAAUCACUUGAAGCGCUACUGCCCACCAAAUGAGCUUUCAUAUGCUGCAGAAGAUGAUGAAGACGACGACGACGGUGACGUUGGUGCUGAUGAACCCCCUAACUCAGUUGACCCUUGGGUUGCCGUGCUGACAUCUAUGGUGCGAGAACCAGAGUCCUGUGAGCUGCACGAGAGUCUGAAGAUGAUGCUGAGGCAGAUUUAUCCUGAGGCAUAA